GGCCCGGUUUCAUACGACGCUCAAAGUACUGGAAAUGGGCCGUGCAGCGUCAGUCGAGACUUAAAUAUUCUCUUCGUCCAGUCUGCGGCCCCCUGGUCUUCCGUCUGGAUUUAUUCUCGCUCUCCUGAUGGAAGGGAAGAUCGAUUUCCUCUGCGAACUGCCCGGCGAUACGCCUACGCCCGCCCAGCAGGUGUUUGAGCUGGAGGGCGAAUCCCCCCCCCCCCUUCCCCCUGUCAAUAUUCAAUACAUCCAGCACGAACGAGAAGAAGAAGACGAAGAAGAAGAAGAAGAUGAAGAAGAAGAAGAAGAAGAAGAUGAAGAAGAAGAAGAAGGAGCUCAAGAGGCGGACUUUGAGAAGCGCGAGAUCGUCCCGGAUUCCCAUCUUCCGCCAGCGCCGUCCACCGUCAUUUCGACCUCGACCACAUCGUCUACUUCACAGUCGAUCGAACUACCAUGGCAACCAUGCGUGAUUCCUCAAACACCCGGCAAAUCGCCUUCCCGCCCCUUCCUACGCGCUUUCAGCCCCCACCUCUUCUCGCCCUCGCUCCUCACCCCAACCGACUGGUUUGUCUUCCUCGACGCCCUCAACGCCAUCUGGCGCACCACCCGCACCCGCCUGGGGCUGGCGCCCGAAGAUCCCAGCCUGCAUGGCCGGGUGAUCUCGUACCUGAACCUGGCCAACGAGCGGCUGUUCGCCCCGCGCGCCUUGUGCGUGCGCGUCCUGCGCACGCCCGAAAUGCUGGCCGAGAUCGGCUUCUUCGACAGGGGUUACUCGGAAAGCGAUUUUCUGCGCUCCGUCACCGUCCUGGAUAAGCUGCACGGCUGCGUCAUGCCGCUCGAGGUCGAGGAGGAGCGCGAGGAGGAAGACGACAGCGUGAGCGUGACGGGGGUGGGGUUUGGGUCGGGCGUCGAGGCCGUCGCCUGGCUGAAGAAGACGAGCGCCGGCUCCGCCAUGUCCGACAUCGAGAAGGGCCGUGCCCGCGGCCUCCAGCAGGUCGCCCAGGCAGAGGCCGUCAAGCGCGGCGUGCAGGCGUACGUCGAGCACGUCGAGGAGGAGAUGGAGGUCGCCCGCUCCAAGGCCGCGGGCAAGAUGGUCGAGCUCUCGGGUAAAGCCAGAUCCCGCGUCCAGCGGAGCCUGAUCAAGGAGCUUGAGGGCAUGAAGAAGGCCAUGGUGCGCGAGGUCGACGGGCAGGAGAAGAAGGUCGCGCGUCAGAUGAAACUGGGAGAGAAGCAGCUGGCCGAUGUCGAGCGCAGGGAAGGCCGACUCCGCGCCUUUUGGAUUCUGGUCUCUCGCCUGCCGCAAGAUGUACUAUAGCCAUCCUCCCCCUACAUCACGUAUCGAAAGAAUAGGUUUUCCCCGUCGGUCAAAUCGUCAAAGGCAAUUUUGUCCCUCAGGCUUUCGUCGAGAUCCAUCGCAUCGCGACGCCGGUUUUCGCGCCUCAGAUGGAUAUACAGAAGCGUCGCGCAAGUGAUGGUGAUACAGUAACUGCUUUGUCAGACAUCGCCUUUUUUAAACAAAUUUUUUUUUAUAAAAAAAGGGGGGGAAAAAAAGGACACACCAUAUGAUCAUCCCUUUCCACAACUCCGGAUAAUGCUGGGCCUUGGUCUCGCUCUUCACCAACUGCGGUCCGAUGAUGUUGCCUACCGUGUAGGCAACGAACACAGUGGCUGCCAUGACGGUCUUCUUGGUUGCACCGG